AUGCAGAGAUCUUUAGAACAAGCAUUGGAAGAAAUAGACAAUGCCAAUGCUGGUGUCCAACAGAGGACUCGUAGAAGAUCCUCACUUAAUGAGGAAAAAUCUCUACAGGAAAAACUUUAUGACAUUUAUGUUGAAGAAUGUGAAAAGAAGACAGAGGUGGGAGCGUUCAGAAGCAACGAGAGCUUGCUAGACCAGCUUGUCAGGAGAGAGGACUUUCCUUGUCUGGUGAUUGACCUCAACUCAGGAGAUCAGGGCUGUUUUGCAAUGAUCUUGGACAAAGAGGGCUCCCUUUCAGAGAGCAUUGCACUGCCCUAUUCAGGAGAUAAACUGCUUGAGUAUUUAGAGGCAGAAGAAUUACCUCCCUAUCUGCUCAAUAUCUUGGACAACUCGGAGGUGAAUCUUUUCCAUCAUGGCUGUGUUUUAGCAGAAAUACGUGACUAUAGGAAGUGCAGCAAUAGAGAACUCUCUGGUUACCAAAGGCAACAUGUUCUCUUGAAACCAAAGAUGCAGACUUUAAUGUGUGAUAUGGAGUGCAUGAUAAGUGGGGCCCAUCAUUGGACUCAGGAAGAGAAACAUGAGUUUGAGAACCAGGUGAUCUUAGGAACAGCAGAGCCAUCGUGCCUUGAUUCUUCUGUCCGGGACACCUGCACUCCCAAAAGACCGCUGUGCCAGAGGCAGAAUGGGAGGGAGGAAUCCGUGAGACCUAGCUUCACGAGGUCUCAGUGGCACAGUGUGGAUUGGCCAUGGGAGAUGCCGAAAUACACAAGUCCUGGCUUUGAGGCCAAGAAAUACACAACAAGUCCUGGCUUCGAGGCCAAGAAAUACACAACAAGUCCUGGCUUAGAGGCCAAGACGGUUCACAAAAAACAAGCGGAAAGAAGAGGCCACUCUUAUGAGCUGAUGAUUUCAGCAGCAACCUUGGAGUCAGAGGACAUAGAACUGCCCAGAUCCCGUGAACUGGAUUUGACUUCAGAACUAGAUCUUCAAAGAUGUGCAAAAGGGAGUCCAUUUGUUUCUUUUGGUGACUCUCCAGUAGCAGCCUGGACUGUUCCUGAGGCAAGAGAUGAGUUUGCAUUUGCAUAUGAACCUGGGGGUCCCCCAAGGGAAGGGAACUUGAUUAUCAUGCAGUCACUUAAUGAUCCUCUUCUUUCUGACAGCCUCUGGGCCCCUCAAGAAGUUGGCUGUGAGAGCCCGUUGAGUCCCCCCUACAUCUUAUCAAGUUACCCUUUGGAUGUUUUGCUGGCAGGGUCAAAGCCUACUGUGGGGAUGGCUAUUGGUGCAAGCCAGGAGUCUACUCAGGGCAACACUGAAUGUUCACUAUCCAGUAAGAUGGAGCCCAGGUCCAGCGGCUCUCCUAUUGUCAACAAGGCCUCUUCAGGGAAGAAGCCCAAACUGCCUCCCUCCCCGUGGUUGCCAUCGACCUCCUCAGAAUUACCUGGGGAGACGGGAGUCACUCCUUCCGGCACCUCACAACCAAGACACGUGGGCCACCCGGCCAGGAACUGCCGGAAGCUCAGGCGGCUGGCUCCCGGCCCAGCUCCCCCACCCAAACCUGCUCCCAAGCCUCCCCCCAAAGCUUAUCCCAGGCUCCCUCCCAGGAUUGCGCCCAAACCUCUGCCCCCGCCCCUUCCCCCGCCCCCGCCCCCUCCCCCACGCCCUCCCAGGCUUGCUCCCAAGCCCGCCUGCUCUUCCCCUCCGGUUCCCCUUCCCAGUCCCACUCCCACCCUGGCCACUGCUUCCCCUUCCAAUCCCGCGCCUAUUACCAGUCUGGCUACUGCUCCCCUUUCCAAUCUCAAUCCCCCCACUACUGAGGCUCUCCCUUCCACUUCUGCUCACCCUCCCUCUCUUGUCACCCCUCCUGCUCCCAGUCCUGACCCCACUCCCAUUCCCAGUCCUGGCCCCCCUCCAGCCCCCACCCCCAUUCCCACCCCCCCUCCCACUUGGGCUCCUGCUCCCCAGCCAGCCAGCCAGGCUUGUAAGUCCCGAGCAAGGGUUGGCAAAGGGAGCAAACGGCCUUCCAGGGCCAAGGCUCCUACCAGCUUGUCAGAAAGCACUCAGGCCACCAAGGACCCCACCAACUCAAGCCACCUGCCAGCCACCCAGGUGACACAAAACUCUUCAUCUCUGGUAAGUGACUCAGCCUUGGGGCUGGCCUGCCCCCCUGGCGACCCCAUGCCUGACCAGGUUCCUCCUUCUGGUGGCCUUCUGUCCCUGGGAGUCCAGCUGCCCAAUGUCCCUAGUGGGUUAAUGCAAUCCCCUUCUCCGAUGGCAAUGCAGUUUCUUGUGAAUAAUACUUCAAAUACCAUAACAGUGCAGAUUCCCCCAGGUGCUGUUGUCUUGAACCCCCAGCCUAAGUUUAACCAGUUGCUUCCACAGCAACUGCUUCCACAAUCUGGAGCACCUCCUUCGCAUCCAGAGCCCCCCACUUCUACGCAGGGGUCUAGCAGUCAACAGUGGACUACCCCUCUUCAGGGGUCUAGCAGUCAACAAUGGGCCAUCCCUCUUCAGGGGUCUAGCAGUCAACAGUGGCUCACCCCUCUUCAAGCAUCUAGCAAUCAACAGUGGGUCACCCCUCUGCAGGGAUCUAGCAGUCAACAGUGGGUCACCCCUCUGCAGGGAUCUAGCAGUCAACAGUGGGUCACCCCUCUGCAGGGACCUAGCAAUCAACAGUGGGUCACCCCUCUGCAGGGACCUAGCAAUCAACAGUGGGUUACUCCUAUUCAGGAGUCUAGCAGUCAACAGUGGCCCCAACCAUCUCGGCAAACUGUCCUUGUUACCCUUGCUGGGGUGGAGAGUUUUCUGCUGCCCCAGGCAACUCUGUUGGGCCAGCCAACCUCUGGACCCAACCUUGCGGUGCAGAAUUUCCAGCCCUCUCCUCCUGCCCAGCCCCAGCAGGGCCAGGUACAGGCCCAGAGUGCACAGGCAGGUUUCAGGCAGACUCCAUUCCCCAAUGUCACGUUGGCCAUUCAGAAUCCUCAGCCUCCUCACUCCAGGUGGACCUGUGGCUCCCUGCACCUUGCCUUCAUCACCCCUCCUGGAGCUUCUUCCUUCAGGUUAGAGAGGGAACAGGAGAGCCCCCCAAAUUCCACCUCUCCCCUUGCCACUCACCCCAGGAGGAAGCAGCUAGCGAAGCCCAUGCCUCUCGUCUCCCAUUAG